AUGGGUCUGUUUGGCAAGAAAUCAUCUAGCAAGAUCCCGCCGGUGGAGAGCAACGCACCACCUCCCGGUGGACCCGGCGGUUACGGUGGGCCACAGCCUGGCUAUGGCGGCCAACGACCUGGAGGGCCAACCGGAUACGGCAACGGUGGCGGCGCUGGCUACAGUGGUGGUGCUGGCUACCAGAACAAUAGUGCCGGUGGUCCCGGUCCAGCCUAUGGAGGCGGACAGGGGCAGCCCUACGGGUACGGCGGCGGCAACAGCUACGGAGGCGGCGACCGAUUUGCCAACGCUCCGCCUCCCUCGAGCAACUUUGGACGGGGCUACGACCAGUACGCCGGCAACUCGUCCAAGCAGGCUUCUCUGGCCCGCAACGUGGGGCAACCCACCGACGAGGAGCUCGAGGCAGAGUACGGUCGCGGUUCGGCCGCACAGGGCAACUCGCGCGGCUACGACGGCCUCGAGCAGCGCGAGGAGCAGCGAGACGAGGAGGACGACGAGGUCGAGGCCAUCAAGCAGCAGAUGCGCUUCACCAAGCAGGAGAGUCUGAGCAGCACCCGCAACGCCCUCCGCAUCGCCCGAGAGGCCGAAGAGACGGCCACCAACACCAUGUUCAAGCUCGGCGACCAGAGUGAGAAAAUCGGUAACACCGAGAGGCACCUCGAUCUGGCCAAGGCCUCGGCUUCGCGGGCCGAGGACAACGCCAAAGAGAUUGCCGCGCUCAACCGCUCCAUCUUCCGACCCAAUUUCCAGCUCAACAAACAGUCAAAGAGAGACGCCGAAGAGGCCCGGAUCAUUGCGCGGCACAUCGACGAGCGCGAGGAGCGCGAGGCGGUGCGCAAGGAUGCGCUCGAGGCGCAGAAGCGGCUCGACCAGAGCAUGAACGGGCCGGGCACCGGCAAGGCGUCGUUCGGGCGCUUCGGCCAGGACCGUUUCGGCUCAAAGAAGGCAGACGAGGAGCAACGCAACAAGGUGGCCCAGCGCUCGCGCUACCAGUUCGAGGCGACCGAGAGCGACGACGAGCUUGAAGACGAGCUCGACCAGAACCUCGACGAGAUCGGUCACCUGUCGUCUCGCCUCAACCAGCUCGGAAAAGCCAUGGGCCAGGAGGUCGACAGCCAGAACGCCCGCCUGCAGAGGGUUGGUGAGAAGGCCACCACGCUCGACACCAAGAUUUUCGCCGGCACCCAGCGCCUCGGCCAGCUCAAGUAG